ACCAUUUCGUCUGACCUUCAGUGGGAGGAGCUACAGAAGGAACUCGUAAACAUGGCCGCUGGGAUACUAACCAAAGUAAUCCAUGGUGUAAGGAGUGCUCGGCUGGUGGGAGCCUUGUUUUCCUCCAACAGCCACACAUUCACCACUGCUGCCAGACCCACACCUGCUUCUCACAACGAGGACACUGAUGCGAACGAUAAGAUCAUGAACUUUCCUCUGACCCAGCCGGAUUUCUUUAGCGUGUCUGAGCUUUUUACUAUAAAGGACCUGUUUGAGGCCCGAGUCCACCUUGGCCACAAGAAAGGCUGCAGGCACAGAUUGAUGGAGCCCUAUCUGUUUGGUACUCGCUUGGACAUGGACAUCAUUGACUUGGAGCAGACGGCAUCGCACCUACAGCAGGCUCUGAACUUCACGGCACACGUGGCUUACCGUGGCGGCAUUGUGCUCUUCAUAAGCCGCCGGCGCCAGUUCACACACCUGACCGAAUCUACAGCGCAACGAUGUGGCGAAUACGCUCACGCACGCUACUGGCAGGGAGGUGUGCUUACCAAUGCCACCGGAGUGCGUCUUCCCGACCUUAUCAUAUUCCUCUGUACACAAAACAGCGUCUUUCAGACACACACUGGUGUACGCGAUGCCGCCAAGGUCAACAUUCCUACAGUGGGUAUCAUCGACUCAGACUGUGACCCAAGCCUUAUCACAUAUCCAGUGCCAGGCAACGAUGACACUCCGGCUGCAGUGGAGCUGUACUGCCGUCUGUUCAGGAUGGCUAUCAACAGGGCAAAGGACAAGAGGAAGCAAAUGGAGCUGCUCAAGGGGAUAUGAAUAACAGAAAAAAGAGUGAAACAUUCUAGAGACACAAAGAAUUGUUAAAUGCAAAUUCUGCACUUCGGUCUUCACAAUUCAGAACUUAAUUUGAAGUUUUUGGUCAUAUUUUUCCCUCUCCUCAAACACACCACUGACAGAAUCAGUUAAUUAUCAAAGCUAACACCAUCUCUGGGUGUGUCCAAGCAGGGAUUCUCUAAAAUAUGGAGUGUAUUUGAAUGUGUCUUCAGAUUUAGGUUAAAAAAAAAAACACUCUCAUAACAGAGAUAAAGAAAUGUUUGAGGCACCGAGGUCCUUCAAUAAGGCAAGGAUCCUGAAGACUGCAGGAUUUUUUGUGUAUCAUAUGAAGUUUUGAUGUAUUAUUAAAAGUUUGUGUUCAUCACAAAGAAAAAAGA